GGCGGCGCUUCCGGGGGGCGUAACGCGGAAGUGGGGAGCGCCGUGUCGGAGGAGGCUGCGCGGCUGGAGGGAGGAGCCUGUGCUGGAGCGCCCCCUCGCGUUGGGGCUGUGCGCAGCGGCUGGCCGCAGCCUAUCCCGGCCCCUCGCUAUGAACAUAGACGUGGAGUUCCACAUCCGCCACAACUACCCCUGGGCCCGCCUGCCUGCCAGCGUCCGCCAGGGUCUUGGAAACUCUCAGAGGGAGUAUGAAAAGCAGGUUGUACUCUAUAGUAUUCGUAAUCAGCUACGAUACCGAAAUAACUUAGUUAAGCAUGUCAAGAAAGAAGAACGAAAAUACUAUGAGGAACUGUUAAAAUACAGUAGAGAUCAUCUCAUGCUGUACCCUUACCAUUUGUCUGACAUCAUGGUAAAAGGCCUGAGGAUAACACCAUUUUCGUAUUACACAGGAAUAAUGGAGGAUAUAAUGAACAGUGAAAAAAGCUACGAUUCAUUGCCUAACUUUACUGCUGCUGACUGUCUACGGCUUCUUGGUAUAGGAAGAAACCAGUAUAUUGAUCUAAUGAACCAGUGCAGGUCAUCAAAAAAAUUUUUCAGAAGGAAAACUGCUCGUGAUCUGCUACCAGUAAAGCCAGUGGAGAUUGCCGUAGAGGCCUGGUGGGUGGUGCAGGCUGGCUACAUCACAGAGGAUGACAUUAAGAUUUGUACUACAUCUGAGAAAUCUGUUAUUGACAAGAUAAUUGAUUCAGGUCCUCAACUUGCUGGAUCACUAGACUACAAUGUAGUUCACAGUUUAUAUAACAAAGGAUUUAUUUACCUUGAUGUACCAAUAUCUGAUGACAGUUGUAUAGCAGUGCCUCCACUUGAAGGUUUUGUAAUGAACAGAGUGCAAGGUGAUUACUUUGAAACUCUUCUCUACAAGAUAUUUGUUUCAAUAGAUGAACACACUAAUGUGGCAGAGCUUGCAAAUGUUCUAGAGAUAGACUUAUCACUGGUGAAGAAUGCUGUGUCCAUGUAUUGUCGAUUGGGUUUUGCUCACAAAAAAGGCCAAGUAAUGAAUCUGGAAAAUCUUCAUUCAUCAUGGAGGAACAUUCCGUCUAUAAAUCGACUGAAGAGUACUUUGGAUCCGCAAAAGAUGCUCCUUUCAUGGGACAGUGGGGAAAACAGGACUUCUGUACAGGAAGCUUGUUCAUCAGCUACAGAUACUGACACCAACAGUCAAGAUGAUCCAGCUGACACAGCCAGCGUGAGCAGCUUGAGUCUGUCUAGUGGACACACAAAGCGUAUUGCAUUCCUGUUUGAUUCAACUCUCACUGCCUUUCUAAUGAUGGGGAAUCUUUCACCUAACUUGAAAAGUCAUGCGGUAACUAUGUUUGAAGUUGGAAAAUUAUCAGAUGAAUCUCUGGACAGUUUUCUUUUGGAACUUGAAAAGGUUCAAAGCACAGGUGAAGGGGAGGCACAGAGAUACUUUGAUCAUGCACUUACUCUGAGAAACACAAUACUGUUUUUGCGGCAUAACAAGGACCUAGUGGCACAAGCUGCACAACCUGAACAACCAAAUAAUGGUUUUCCUUUGGAUCUCUUACGAUGUGAGAGUUUGCUGGGCUUGGAUCCUGCAACCUGCAGUAGAGUUCUAAACAAAAACUACACACUACUUGUCUCCAUGGCGCCGCUCACCAAUGAAAUUCGACCCAUCAGCAGCUGUACCCCCCAGCAUAUUGGACCAGCUAUACCAGAAGUUAGCUCAGUUUGGUUCAAAUUGUAUAUUUACCAUAUUACUGGUCAAGGACCACCAUCCCUAUUGCUGUCUAAAGGGACAAGGCUUAGAAAACUUCCAGAUAUUUUUCAGGGUUAUGAUCGCUUACUAAUAACAUCUUGGGGUCAUGACCCAGGAGUAGUCCUAACUUCGAAUGUAUUGACAAUGUUGAAUGAUGCUUUAACACAUUCUGCCGUUCUAAUUCAGGGACAUGGCAUGCACGGAAUGGGGGAAACUAUGCAUAUUCCUUUCCCAUUUGAGGAAGCAGAACAGCAAGGAGACUUCUCUCGUGUGAAUAUGGGUGUUCAUAAAGCAUUGAGAAUAUUAAGCGACAAAGUGGAUUUGCAGCAUUUUUGUGGGUAUGUUACCAUGUUGAAUCCUUCCAGUCGACACACAAACAGAAAGCUGAGUGAUGCUUCUGAUGGAAAAGGUGAGCUUGAAUUGGCAUCAGGAUCUGAUGUAAAUGGGAGCACAGAAUCAUUUGAAAUUGUUGUUGAAGACACAUCUGUGGAUUCUGCAGCUAAGCAAAGUCCUGAAGUUCCCACAACAGAACUGGAAUGGGUUCCCCUGGAAUUAUGCUUUGGAAUUCCACUGUUUAGCUCGGAAUUAAACCGGAAAGUCUGCAGAAAAAUUGCUACCCAUGGACUAUGUAGAAAAGAAAGCCUUCAAAAACUCUUGCAUUCCAGUAGAAAGCUGUCUCUACAGGUUCUUAACUUUGUUUAUUCAUUCCAGGAAGGUAUUUCAACACUGGAUCUGCUCUCUGACACCAAUUCAAGUUUGUUUUCACAACCGACUUCUGCUGAAAUGGGUGUUCCACUUCCUGCCAAGAAUCUAAUGUUCAAAGAAGGCAUGUUAUCCGAAUGGAAUGGACAGUCCCCGUCCCCAGUUCUUAUUGCAAACGUACUUAAAGAACAAAUCCAAUAGUUUGGUUUCACCGUGCAUUGCUCACUUAAUGCCUUUUUUCUUUGUCUAAUACAAUUAAUUUAUACUGCCAACCACUAAGAAGUGUUUUGCUGCUGCAGCAUAACCCACAUUAAAGUAGUGUUUUUAAGUGUGUUGUGUUGCAGUACUGGGGAAACACGCUGUAUACAACUUGUUAUUCAUUGGCGCAUUUCCGGCUGCAACAGAAAGCUCUUCAGCUAUCAGCGCUAUAUUUGUAUCUUGGGAUAAUCGCUAUUUCUUUUAUAAUUCUAAACACACCUUUUUUAGGCUUUCUGGUUAUUGUUAAAUUUCUAUGCUGUCAUCACAAAAUUGCAAUAGUAAUUUGAUAUGUUCGUUGCUCAUAUAUAAAUUAGUUUUGUAUUUUAUUACUGAAUUCUGUUUAUAAGUAGGAGAUUUGGCUCUGGAAAGGCUUUCAGUAGUGUUCAAAUAGUAAAAAUCUGGUAUCAUGGUGGUAUUAUGGGGCAUUAAGCAUUGUUGCCGAUGUCUGUAUAUUAUGUAGGUCAGCCUGAUGAUGAUGAAGGUUUGGUUUGGUAAAUCAACAUAACAAUAAUGAAUUGACACUUUCUAUGAGGUCUUAAGUUUUGAAGACAUAAAAUCCUACUGAUGCCUUUAGGAAAUCUUAGAAAAAGAUUGGGUCAAUUUCAUCCUCUGUGUAAUUUCAUGGAGAGCAGUAGAAUUGCACCAGGGAUUAAUUUGGUUCCCUCUGUUCCUAGAAAGCUGUUUACGUAUAUAGUAGUGUAUUUCUUUUGUCCCUUGUUUUAUUGGAGCACUUACAUGAAACUAGGAUCUUUGCGCCUUAAGCAUGUUUGCUUCUGUCACAUGCAGUGUUGUUGGGGUCGUGUUGGACCCAGGAUAUUAGACACACAAGGUGGGUGAGGUGAUAUCUUUUAUUGAAGCAACUUCUGUUGGUGAGAGACAGAAGCAUUUGAGCUUACACAGAGUAGACCUGAAGAAGAGCAGUGUGUAAGCUUGUGUGUCUCAUGAACGAAAGUUGCUCCAAAAAAAGAGAUUACCUCACCCACCUUGUCUUUGCUUCUGUCACUUAUUCCUCACCGGAAGCUGUUCAUUUAUGUUUGUAACAUCGCUGUGGAAAAGAGUGAUGUCACAAACCAAACAUGUUAAUGGCAGAAUAAACAGUUGGAGAAGCCUUAAUACUAAAAGAACAAAGCUUUUGGUUUUUAUGUGGGUGUUCUCAAUAAAGAAAAAAUGCAGAAAAAAGUGCCGAAAAUCUGUAGGCAGAUGUAUUUCUUUAAACAGUUCUUUUAAGUUUUCCGUAAGCCAUCAACUACUCAUGACAAAUAUCAACUUAAUCAUUUCUAGGUUUAGAAGGCUUCCUCCCUAGAGGUGGGAGGAAUUUGUGCAGUGUUACUUCAUUUUAGUUUAUACUAACUCUGCAAGGUGGUUUCCUGCCCUUUUAAACACAUCGUAUCCAGUUAAGCAUACUAGGAAAACAAGUAUGUAGAAUAUUUUGAAGAUUAGUGUCUAAAAAUUUCUGAUGACUUUUUGUUUACUGGAAUUCAUUAAUAUACUAUCUUUAAAAUGAAAUUGAACCAUGCUGUCAGCACCUGCCUGCAGUUUAAGCAAUUAUUGGACCAAGAACCUGUGCAACAUGCAGUGCUGGAAAUUGUACAUGGUAAAUGUAGUAAUGUUCAGUUUUUGUAUUUGUUUGAUAAGAGGGUAAGAAGAAAA